AUGGGCGCCUUUUUGCUUGCUUGUGCUGUGGCCAUGAGACGACGACGAGGCGUACAAGCUUUCGACCCCACGCAAUGGGUGGCCGUUGGUCUGAUGCUGCUGUGUGUGGCAACGGUGCUGACCUCCGCGGCGCUGUUGCCGGGUGGCGAUGGAGUGGGCGAACCACAAUCAGGGCGAUGCUCGCGUGUUCAGUGCUUCAACCCGGCCACUAUUGAGCAGCCAAAGCCGAUCACGCAGCGAUUUCGCUGGCUGCACUUCCCGAAGACGGGCACAUCCUUCGCCCUCGUCCUCUACGACUAUGUUUGCUCGGGGCUGACGCCAGAGAUGCUGCCCACGCCUGCGAGGCACGAGAACCAGGGCUUCGCGCUGCCGCAGUUCGAAGAGGAGCUGAAGAGAAGGGAAGAUGUGAGCUGUGAUUUGAGGCUCUUUCGCAGGCCUCGCGUGGGCCACCGCUCGCUGCCCCAAGGGGACAUGUCCCGCACCACCUCUGUGUAUGUGGCAAUGUUCCGGGACCCGCGCGAACGCCUGCGCAGCGCGUACAUGAACGGGUUGCACGCGGUCGGCGUCCGCGCUCAACGGCGACUGGACAUGCUACGCACCGUGAAGACGCCGCGCGACUUUGUGAACUUCCCGGGCGUCAAGCACUGCCAGGUGAAGAUGAUGGCUGGCUACAAGUGCGGGGAGGACGUGGAGGUGACGCACAUGCACGUGAAGCUGGCCCUACACCGACUGCGUACGCACUUUGUGUUUGUGGGCAUCACGGACAGCUGGACAGAGAGCGUGUGUCUCUUCCAUCGCAUGUUCGGUGGGCGGCUGGUCGAACACGCAUUCCACAACGUCCGCGAAACGACAGGCAACCUUGGCAACCGGCAAAGACGCCGCGCCAACGACACCAUGACGCCCAACGGCGGUGAAGAGGAUGACGAUGACAGCGAGGACGCCGCUGAAGAAGAACCCAUGUUCACCAUCGCGGACGAUCCACUCGACUGGUUGCUGUACACGGAGGCAAGGCGCAUCUUCACGCGCAACCUGGUCAAGUAUGGCCUCGUGUGCCCUGAGAACGCAGACGCCGUCCUCCACGAUCGGCGUUAGGCAGAGGCAGAGGUGGUGAGGGGUAGUGAAGACAUGCAUCAUGCACAAAACUGGUCUGGUCAGUGUGUGUAUGUGUAUGUAUGUAUGUAUGUGUGUAUGUACGUACGUAUGUAUGUAUGU